UCAAUGUCAUUGUUAAUUAGCAUUUAUCAUCAGAUAAUGAUAGGUUAUUCCUUCACACAGAAACAUCUCCACACCCUUUCUCACACACAGACACAAAGACACACAUAUGGUCCCACUCCGGGGCACGGCUAGAAAUUUUGAACCCACUGACAGCAGUUCAACAACAGUUCUGACACACUGAAUAUCUGCAAUCCGUGUCAUGUUUCAGUCCAGCUGAAUCACUAGGCAGACUAUAAAAGACUCAUAUAUGGUUACACUUUCAUCAGACUCCAGGGGAGAACGCACUAGAUUAGAAUGACCACUCUUGGAUCUAUACAGUAGAUACAGUCGGCUACAUAGAGACAAUCCAAUUCCCCAGCCUGUAUGGAGAAAGGUCAAGGUAUUUUCUCUGAAGACUCAGGUUCACUACCUCAGAGUACCAGUAGAGAAAACAAAUUUACAGGCCAUUCACAUCCUACGGGGAAGAUCCAGGUCAUUGGAGACAUUUUCCAGUUCACAGUCGAUGUGAGUGAAUUUUCUCCAGAGGAUGUUAUCAUCACAUCUUCCAACAACCUGAUACAGGUGCAUGCUGAGAAGAUGGGAGAAGACGGCGCAGUCACAAACACUUUGUACCACCAAUGCAAACUACCAUCUAAUGUGGACCCCACAUCUGUGACCCUAGCCAUGGAGAGCAGUGGGGUCCUGACUGUCAGAGCUCACAGGCUACUUUAG